UUUUAUUUCAAUCCAGUUAAAUAAACAUCACUCACGUCCGUUUCCCUUCCGCAAUCUCAACACUCCACUUUCUUCUCUCCACUCUCACCGAGCAGAUUUCAAAGCUCAAAGGUCGAAUCUUUCCCUUCUCUCGAGCUCCAAAAGAUUGUAUAAAGCCAGACCCAGAUUAACAUUUCAGUGAUAAAGAGAUUCGUAUUCAAGAAAGAAAGCUAAAAAGUUCAGUAGGAAGAAGAAGAAGAAGACGGGAAUAAGAAAUGUCAAGAGGUUUCAGGCUCAUAUUCGCGACUUCUCUGUUUCUUAUGCUUCUGGAUAUCUGUAGAGGAAGCACGAUCGGCGUUUGCUAUGGGAGAAACGCCGACGACUUACCGACGCCGGAUAAGGUUGCUCAGCUAGUUCAACUUCAUAAGAUAAAAUAUGUCAGAAUUUACGAUUCCAAUAUUCAGGUUCUCAAGGCAUUCGCCAAUACAGGGAUUGAGCUAAUGAUCGGGAUCACCAAUUCAGAUUUGUUGGCGUUCUCACAGUUUCAAUCCAAUGCCGACAAUUGGCUCAAGAACAACGUUCUUCCCUAUUAUCCUGCAACAAGGAUUUCCUACAUAACUGUCGGAGCUGAAGCUACGGAAGACUCUGGUAACGCUACAUCAAUGGUGGUUCCAGCGAUGCAGAAUGUUUUUAACGCCCUUAAGAAAACCGGUUUACAAAGGAAGAUCAAAGUCUCGACUACCCAUUCACUCGGAGUUUUAUCGAGAUCAUACCCGCCUUCCGCAGGGGCGUUUGAUAGUAAAUACGCCUACUUUCUCAAGCCCUUAUUGGAAUUCCUCGCGGAGAAUCAAUCGCCAUUAAUGGUUGACAUAUAUCCUUACUACGCUUAUAGCGAUUCAAAAUCGAACGUCUCGUUGGACUACGCUCUAUUUGAGUCGUCUUCAGAAGUUAUCGAUCCAAACACGGGUUUGUUAUACACCAACAUGUUUGACGCACAAAUCGACGCUCUUUACUACGCAUUAUCCGCACUUAGUUUCAAGACGAUUAAAAUAAUGGUUACAGAAACUGGAUGGCCUUCAAAGGGAUCUCCAAAGGAGAUUUCGGCAACACCUGAUAACGCGCAAAAGUACAACGGUAAUCUAAUUCGCCAUGUUGUUAACAAUUCGGGCACUCCGUUUAGACCGGGUGAGAAGCUCGAUGUUUAUGUGUUCUCGUUAUUUAACGAGAAUCGAAAACCAGGGUUGGCCUCCGAGAGGAAUUGGGGUUUGUAUUACCCGGAUGAAACAAGUGUUUACAAUCUCGAUUUUACGGGAAGAGGUGUUGUGGAUAUAACCGCCGGUCGGGGAAAUGUUACGGGUUCGAAUGGGACUUGGUGCAUUGCCUCUCCCACGGCUAGUGAGGCCGAUUUGGUAAAUGCGUUGAAUUGGGCUUGUGGGCCUGGGAAUGUUGAUUGUUCAGCGAUUCAGCCUAGCCAACCUUGUUUCGAGCCUGAUAACUCGGUUUCUCAUGCUUCUUAUGCGUUUAAUAGCUAUUAUAGGCAAAAUGGAGCAUCCGAUGUCGCUUGUAGUUUUGGUGGAGCUGGGUUGAAGACAACGAAAAACCCGAGCUAUGACAAGUGCAUAUAUUUAACAGGAGGAGGAGGGAACAAAACUGGAGCAUCAAACGGGACGUUGUCGUCGCCUUCAACCUCAACUUCUUCUACCAAACAAGGAGGAGGAUUAGCGGUUUCGAUGGCAUUGGGUUGUUUCUCGAUCAUAUUCUUGCCAUUGUUCUGAAUGAUAAGUUGAUGAUGAAAACGAUUUCGGUGGUUGAUUAGCCUCGAGAAAUGGGGGGAGACACUCUCAAUUGGGAUUGUGAUGGUCGAUUUGCCCGAAGUAGUCUUGCAAGGACAUUGAGUCGGGUUUUAUUGUAAUCAAUGUAAACUAUUUUCUGUGUCUAUUGAUCUAUUAAUCUGCACUCUGUUUUUUCGUCUAUGAGUUAUGCAUUUGCUCUUUAUUUGUGAAUAUAUAUAAUAAUAUAAUAAGAUCUGUCUGUGUUCUA